CACAACACUUGUUGCGUUCGCCAUCAUUAAAUUCCGCAUAUCCUACUAGGAGCAAGUUGGUAGGAAUGCAGCAUUAAAUCUGCAUGUUCCUGGAUUUUACAUGAAUUAACAUUUUCUUGUUCAAAAUAGUGAAUUUUUUUGUGUCUACAUUCGGUUACAUAGGAGUCAAAUUCUUUCUUUAAAUAAAUUCGGUUGCUUUAUUGGUAAAUUUUGUUAAAACUUUUGAAUCCCCAUCUCGACAAGAUACAGGUACAAAAUGAAAGAUUUGCGGACUGUGUUUCCAAAAUAUUAUGGAGGUGGGAAAAGUCUUUUGAGAUCCAAACGCAGUUUGCCGGUUCACAUGCGAACACGGCUUUACGAUCAUAUAAGAACCAAGGAGUACGAUAGAGAUCCCACUGAAGCGCAAUUAGAAUUACCGGUUGUACCUCCUUCUUUAAGAAUACCUUACUGGAAUGUUUUCAAAGGUGACUACGUCCACGUUCAUAGCGGGCCUAACAAAGGAAAAUGGGGCCGUGUAUUGGAAACAAACAAAUACACAAACGGCAUUACCAUCGAAGGCGUAAACGUGAAAUCCGUAAAAAUACCCAAGUAUCUUUUAAGAAGCCCUCCGGAAGAUGGCAAGGACCCCGUUGUGGAUCUUGCCCACGAAAUUCCGGUUUCGCAAAUUCAGUUGCUGGCAAAUGCUAAGUAUACCGACGGAAAACGUGUUCUUGUACCCGUGGAAGCCAUUUCUAAAUCCAAUUCUCCAAAAGGUCGAAAACUAAUUGCUCCUAAUUACGAAGGAAUUAACAACCAAGACGUUCAUCUUCCAUUCCCAAAGGAUGAUAAGCCUCAACGUGCCGAAGGUAGUAUGGACACAAAGGAGUCUACUGUUGCUAAAGUCACAUGGAGCCCUAGCUUGACUGAGGCUCCCUUACCUCCUUUUGCUGUAGGUGAUCUACGUGUCAAUUGGUCUCGUCGCUUGGAGCGUGCUUGGGCAUACAACAAAAAUAAGAAAGAUAUUUUUGAAAUUGCUAAAAACCUGGUUCGUGCCGAAAAUGCAGCUGAAGCUUAUGUUAAACAAUACCCCAGCCAUGUCACACAGAAAAAACCCAGCUCAUGAAUUCACCUUUAAUAAUAAUUCUUGCAACCUUCUUUCAUAACCCAAAAAUCUAUUCAACCAACUAUAUUUUCAUUGCUUUACCUAACAAAUAUUUUUAUCUCUUUAAUUUCAGCUCUAUCUUUACUAAUUGAAGCCCAGUAUUUUUUUGAUUACUCAAUACUAAUUACCAGAGUAACAAGGAUUACCCAAAUACCGAUCACAA